CGAGGAGGAGGACGGGAGGACGGCAGUUGGGCGCGGGUGCUCUGGCGGAAGGUAGUUACAUCCGAGCGGCUGCAAUGGGCGAGGGCAGCGGGUGUCUGUGGGCGGCGCUGGCGCUGGCGGUCCUGGGCUCCGUGCCGCGCGGAGACGCCAGGAACUACACCGUCGAGCAGAAGAUACGAGACGACUCGGACCUGUCGCAGUUCUACUCGCUGCUCGAGAACUCGCCGGAAGCCAACCUGACGCUGUGGUUCCGACAAGUGACGGUGUUCGUGCCGACCAACCAGGCCUUCCAGAAGAGGCCCGUCAAGGACCGUGCGGACUCGGUGCUGUACCACAUGACGAACCUGGCGCUAACGCUGGACGAGCUGCAGAGCUCGGUGUUCUCGGAGCUGGAGGGCAACCCGCCGCUGUGGAUCACGAAGCGGCGCGGGCAGCACCGAGACGACAUCUACGUGAACAACGCGCGCGUCAUCCCCGAGCGCUCCAACUACGUGCAGCACAACCACAACGGCAGGAAGCAGGUGCUGCACGUGAUCGACGAGGUGCUGGAGCCGCUGCUGCCCUUCGCCAAGGACGGCGCCCAGGUGUACAACCCCGACGCCUACCAGUUCCUCAACCAGAGCGAGAACCUGGACCUGGAGUCGCACCGCGUCAGGUCCUUUCGACAGAGGGUCAACAUGAAUGGCAAGGAGCACAUCUUCAAGAGGGAAGGACGGUUCACUUUCUUCAUACCCGUGGAUGAAGGCUUCAAGCCGCCGCCUCGGCCGGAGAAGAUCGACCAGAAGGUGAUCGACGGCCACGUGAUCCCCGACCACGUCCUCUUCACGGACGGCACGCCCAAGGACCACGACUACCGCACGCUGGCGUUCGGCGACUCCCUGCGGGUCACCGUGUCUUUCACCACGCAGUCCGACGGCCGAGUGUCCCGGCCAUACGUGAAGAGCAACACGAUCGUGGGGGACGCGAGCCACGCCACAGGCGUGGUGCUGGCGGAGAUCGUCAAGGCCAACAUCCCGGUGAAGAACGGCGUGGUGCACCUGAUCCACCGCCCGCUCAUGGUCGUGGACACCACGGUGCAGCAGUUCCUCGAGGUAACUGAGAAGGAGGACGGCCCGCUGUACAAGUUCUACGAGGUGAUCCUGGAUGCGGGCGGAGACUUCAUGAACAAGAUCACGACGAUGCGCGACCUCACGCUGUUCGCACCGUCCAACGAGGCGUGGUCGGACAAGGAGCUGGCCAACCUGUUCGGCAACCGCGAGAAGCUGCGCGAGAUCCUCGACCUGCACCUCGUGCCCGACCGCCUCAAGGUCGACCGCAUCAUCGAGCAGAACGUGAACCAGCUGUUCCAGGUGCCCACAGCGGCCGCUCGCAGGCACCUGUACUUCAACGUUCUGCGCGGCGACAACAACGUGACGCUCACGGUGGAGGGUGGUGGCGUCAACGCGACGGUGGUGCAGCCGGACAUCGCCGCCACCAACGGCAUCGUGCACAUCAUCGACCGUGUGCUGGGCGUGCCCUACGCUACGGUCAAGGAGAAGCUAGCCACAGACCCUAUGCUCAGCCAGACCAACUACCUGGGCGCACGGGGCGGGUUCAAUGACCAACUGGACGACAAGACCAAGCGGUUCACUUACUUUGUACCGCGCGACCUCGCAUGGACACGUGCUGAGUUGCACUUCCCGUCCACCUACAAGAAGCUGUUCAUGAAGGAGUACUCGUACCACGCACGGCAGAUCCUGGAGAGGCACCUACUGGUCGGGGACACAGCCUACACCAUGGCCGCGCUCAAGAGGAUGACCAACCAGUCCCUGUACCUGCCGAGCGUGCGCGACCAGGUGCGGCUGCGUGUCAGGGAGAACGACAAGGGAUACAUGGUGGAGUGGCAGAAUGAGUGGAUCCACGUGUUCCGGCCAGACGUCGAGUGUACCAACGGCGUCAUCCACGUCAUCGACGCGGUGUUUCUGAAGGCGAGCGACGUGCAGGUGACGGGCGGUGCAGGGGCACUCGCGCCACGCCUGGCUGCGCUCGUCACGGCCGUAGCCAUGCGACUCGUGCUGUAGUUGGUCGCAGGCAGCCGUCUCCGUUCCGUGGCGCUGUGAGCGGCGAGGAAGAACGAAGACCGAUGGACGGAUGGAGGCCGGGGUCUCUGCUGCCUCACCGCCAGAACACCAGUCCAUCUCCCUUCCCCCUUCGCCCCGUCACAAUCCUUCGUUAUUGAUCUCAACUCCUUGUUUCAGCAUCACUUACAUGUUUCUCUGAAUGCAAGGAUGACCGCUUUGCUGGUCAUCCACACUGCCCUCGAAGCAGAUAAGUCGACUUGGUGUUCAUAUUUUAUCCACAAAACCUUUUGUGCAAAUUAUUCGAGGAUGACGACAUGAUACGUGGUUGGUUUCAAAUGUUUAAAGGGAAAUAUUUUAGUUUCCGUAGUAACUUGAUCGUUCAUCAGAUUACUCUUACUUUAAACACUAUGGUUAGUAAAACCAAUUGCAAUGUGCACAUCACAAGAUCUGUUUUCUUAGUGCUGCGAAUGUAGUAAAUUACGGUUUAUCUUGCCAUAAUAAUGAAAUGUAAAACAUAAUUAUGUUAAUAAUUCCAUUUUAACGUCAACAAAUUAAUUUUUCUGUAUGAUAUUUUAAGAGUUUAUGACCAAAUAGCAAUAAUGUAAACAAUUAUUGAAUGAUUUUUAUAUUUUUCCAGCGGUGGUGUAGUUUAGGACCCACAGCACUCACUGGAGUUAUGUUUCCCUGUUCAAACACGCAAUGGAACACGCAGCUCCUAGAGCAUGUUACAUUGUGAACUAGUCAGCCAGUCUCGCCAUGGUUCACGCGUGUGAAGGCAGUCAGGCAAAUGUGAGCUUUAGAAAUGGUGCAGGUGCACAGAGGUGUGUCGUAUUCUGUUAGCGUGUGCCCCCAUAACUCUGGGACCACGUUUUGAGAGAACCAUGCAUCCUACAAACCAGCUAAAAAAAAGUUCAUUUUCUGUGCGAUAGAUGGUUUCGCUCUCUGUGACUCGCUGUGAUUUUGAAGAAUUAGGAAAUUUUCUUUUAACUAGUUUUUCCUGACGGUGUUGUACAUAGUGUAAGUGUCCAAAUCGAACGGGGCGACUGUAGACAAUAUUCUUGAGCUUCUACACUUAGUUUCUCACAACCCACAUGGUUGAGUCAUGUUAAAAUUCCUGUGGGAAUCUAAAUAUCUGGUAUAAAGUUUUUUUUUUUUCCAGUGAUUUAAAAAUGUUUAAAUUGUGCUGGAACUAAUUUCCUUAGCUUAGUAGACUCCACAAGCUCUUCUCAUCCGCCAUGUAGGUGCAGAUAUUGGGUCUGUUAAGUUUCACUACAUUCAAAGAGAUGCCUUUCAUGCCUUUCACUUUAAUAUUACUGAUGCCAACUUUAGGACCUAUGGUACGCAUGCAGUAUAGAGUGGAUGUGCUGCUCCUAGAGAGACUGUACUCUUGCCCAAAGCAAACUGCUGCUGUGGCAGUAAUGGUCAAGUUACUUAUGCCCUACUGUUGCCCAACACUGAUCAUUACUCGAUCACUGUGUCAAAAUAAUUUUCAACCAUAUAUAUUAUUUAGUCAUUACAACUUCCAGAUUGCCCAAGAUUUUAUUUCAUUGUCUAUAACUAUUACAAGAACUUGUCUACUUUUAAUAUUUAGGAUUUUUGGAACUUGUUUAUUUUUUUUAGUUUAUAAACAAAUAAAAGUUGCUAAACUCUAAAUGCAAUCAGUAUAGUAAUGUAAGCUAUCAAAAGACAUUCAUUGUAAAAACAAUGCCUUAUCAUCUAAUAUAUUUAUCACUGUUUAAAAAAAUGUUUGAAGUAAUUAUAACUUUAUGUAUACUUGAGUGGAAUGCAAGUUCCUCAAGGUUGUAUUCAUAAGAACUUACAACACUUUAUUGGCCCAAAGGGAUGCAUUACAGAACCAAGUUCUGUAUUUGAAGCCUGAAGUAUAGUAAAAAUCUUUGUAAAAUAUAAAAUAUAUAUAAUUUUUUUAUUUGUUUAUUAUUUUUAUAAAUACUACGAGCUUUACUUGUAUGUAUGUUUUACUAAAGAUGGAAAAAACAAUCAGAAGCAUUUCAGAAUGAUGUAUUUCAAGUUAUUUGUUCACCUUUUCUGUAUGAUUGACAAAGAGUGGUGUGUGAAAGUGUUUUAUUUUAACUGUAUAGUCCCGUUGAUAGUUUUCUGGCAAUGUUUACUUUUAAUAAAGGGCAGAUAUUUCAUAAUACCCUUGUCAAGCAUAUGCUUUCACAUCACGACUUUUAAGUUCGAUCAAGGAUGCAUUGUACGUCUAUGGCUACGCAAAUGGCGUGUGUCAGCUGUGAUCGUAACUUAGUAAGUGAACCAGGCAUAUGCAGUAAUACCUUUACUCUCACUGAAAUGCUUCAUAAUUACACAACAGCUAUUUUUCAAGCCUUUAUUUGCAUCUUCAAAAUGUGGAAACUCUGUGCAAUGAUUUUUGUAGUGAAUGUUUAAUGCCAACACUGACUGUAUCUGUACUUGUGGUAAAACAUUUUUUAUUGUAAAAAAAAGUAUAUUUUAAAAGAUUAUCUAGAUUGUAAACAAAUAAAUGUUAGUGGUUUUAAUUGAGAACUGUAUGAGAAAUACUCGUGAGAAGGUGUUUUUAAAAAAAAUGUUGCUAUCUUGCUUCGAACACGAAAAGAGUAUAUUACAGUACCAUAUAGUAAGUAUAUACACUGCCGAAUUCCAGAAAAAUAAAAUGUUGUAGUUUAAAUUACUUGUAGAAAUUGCUUUGACUAAGGAUUUAUGCAUGGCAGUUAGUGAAAUAAUAAAUUUGUAAAUACUAAAAAAAAAAAAAAGUGCUGUUUUGCUAUGUAUCUGUGUGCGGGAAAUGAAUCUAGCAUGAACCCAAAAGUGUCUUUAUGGGCGUGACCUGUAAGUGUGAGUACCAAUAUCCGAACGGUGUCAGGCAUGCAUGCAGUCUGUAGCUUUCGUACGUAACAUGCUCCUUGCAAUUUUUGUUUAAAUUUAACCAAAAUUGUUUUACAGGGACGUUUAGAAAAACAUUGCUCUCCCCUAUUCAUGACUAUUGUGUGGUGGUGAAUUCCUAAAUAAAAUAAAAAGGUUAUUCUAUUUAUCCUCUUUACCCUGGAAUUUUGGAUUUAAUUCCUGUCUUUUAAUUACUUACUAUUUAAGACUAAUCAUUAAAUAUAGUUUUCUGUUUAGUCACACUGUAAAUUAGGAUGUCUACAAAUACCUAGUGAAUCAAUUCCAGGACCUUUCAAUAAAUUUUUCUAACACAUUUUUAUUAAUAUCACAAGGUCAUUUUUUAACAUAUAAAACAAAUCUAAACUAAACAUAACAUGAAAUAAAUCAACUGUUCACAGGAACAUGCCAAUUUCUAUGUAAAAAAGCUAAAACCUUUUCAGAACAAAUGUGAUACAGUUUAUGCUAAACAUUAAAAUCUACAAAACAAUCAAUAUUAACUCCUAUACAGUAAUGAUGUAAUCACGCCAUUAAAUAAUUUUAAAAUGACAUACAUUUGCAAACAACUUAAUAUUUAAAAUGCUAAAAUAAUUUCAGGAUAAACGUAUAUAUAUUUAUGCUAAGUAGGUACUCAUCGAAAAGCUAACCUUCUAAUUAUCAUUUAAUAAUGCAACCAUUGCUUGCUUGGAUUCGUGAUCUCCUCAGGGGUAAAUUUUGUUUUCAUUGCACAUCUCGUUAGCUAAACACAAAGUUGCUUCAGACAAAGAUAGAAUUUGCAAAAUAGAUGUAAUUUCUUCUUUGGUUCAAUUUGCAAUACAUUUAACUCAAGCAGAUGUUUGUAAAUAUUAAUACUUUUUGACUAUUUAUGAACCUGGAAACAUAAUUUUAAAUAGAUGCUUCGCACAGUUCGAAACAGCCAAUGAAAUGUUGUGCUCCACAAGAAACGACAUGAAUAAAAGUUUAGUAUUGGUAGUCUUAAUGUCAUCAUUGUUUACAAAAAAGUAGCUUGUUCGGUUGUGAAUGUUGCAAUCCUUAAAGCCUUUCCACUUUUGCUAAAACAUUACUUACACAUAUAACAGAAAUUAUAGUGACAUAAACACAGAAUAUAUGCAAUAUGUGCAGCCUACAGCCUACUAGCAACAUGAGCGAGAUUUAUUGUACAAAAUGCUUAUAAACACAAUAUUUCUAAAGUGUUAGUGUUCUCUGUUUCUGUAAGAAAUAUAUAGCACUCCGUAAUUCUGAAACUAAAUUCUCUCAACCAGUAACAAUUACAGAAAAUCCAUAUUACUUAGCAGCAAUGCAUGAUUUAAGUGGAAAAUAGCAGCUAUUUAUAUUUCAUGUGUGAUGAUAAACUGAAGUGAGCCAUCAAAUAAAAAUAAUGUGUUAGCAAAGGCUGCAGAAAAUUAAAUUUUUAUGACAUUUUAAGCAUCAUUAUGUUUAUUUAGAGACUUUCUUGACUAGUAGACAUCCUGUAUGAAUGUUAUCUUUCAUAUAGUUCAACGCUGAAACAAAGACAAAAUUAACUCUUUGAGGUUACAUAGAUAAUAAAUGCAACCUUGCUAAAAGCAAUCCCCAUGAUAGCAAGGUUCCAUGGUUUUUGAAGUAUUGGCAACUAGACAUCUGCGAAUUGUGAUUUUUUAGUUCGAAUCGAAUUUCAAAAAAAUUCACGAGUUUCGAAUUUUUUUCGAAUCGAAUUUGAGAUUGAGAAUAGUUAUUAUUAAAAUAAAAUUGAUAAUUAAAAAAAUUUUAACAUAGGCCUGUCACCUUUGAAAAACUUGUAAGUACCGUAUCAAUAAUUUAAAUGUCCGUUAUUCUCUGAAAAUCAUACUAAUUACUGUUUUUUGUAAAUUUACAGACUGGCAAUCAUUAGUGUGUUUGAACGUUUGACAGUUUUAUUUGGUUAUUUUAAAAAGUGGAACAUGGCUACACACAUUAUUUACAGUAAAACUUAGGGCGCGGUUACAAGGGACCCUGAACUACUUCAGGUGAACAUGUUUAAGUAAACACGUUUACAAACGCGAAAGUGUACGGUUACACGGUAGUUGCUGAAAAGUGUGUUCAGCUCUAAAACCGAUUGUCUACUGUGAACGAAUGACUGUUGUUGAUCUUCUCUAUUUUGUAUCCAGAAAACGCGGGAUUUUCUCACUUGUUUAUACAGUAUUAUAAGCAGAAAUGGAAUGUGUUUUCAUAUUGCUCAAUAUUUUUUUAUAAAUCGGGAAUUCAAACAACAUGCACAGUAAAAAUUCUUAAACUUAUUUUUUAUUAUUUUUUGAGCGAGAGUACGUAUCUCAGUUUUAAGAAAAUUAAGGUCAGGAUCAAUUAAAAAAAUUAUAUAUAUAAUUAAAUUACCUGUUGAUUUUUUUUAUUGCAUUCAGUAAAAUAUUAUUCAAACUUGUGCCAGGAACACUUUCCAUCUUGAAUUUCUGCAAAGGACUGUUUAUAUUCUAAACAGCCAAUCAGAGGCUAAUGUAGAAGAUAUGUCAAUCUGAACUACUUUGCUAACCUGUUUAAGUUAAAUGGGAAAUGGCCUCGAACGAAACAUGUUCAUACUGUGUGUAACCAAAUAUUGUAAUAGGAUAAUAUGGGAAACAGACAAAAAAAAUGCGAGACAUGUUGUUCAGCGAACCUGGCGGCGUGGACUGAACCUACCCUUUGGAAACGGCGGUAAAAGGCAUUGAAAUGUGUUUGGUGAUAUAAGAUGAUGGUUCUAUUUGCGAAUAAAUAAACACAUUAUUAUGUGAACAGUAAUUCAGAAUGGCCGGAAAUAUUUGUGCGGUGUUUGGCUGCAAAAAUUACAACGUUACUAACUGCUCAAAGUCUUUUUUCAGAUUUCCAGCGGACCCUACGCAGUAGGUGUUUCGCGUUUCGCGCAUUCACAAUUUUAACCCCUUUGUUUUAUAUUUUUGUCUCUUAUUAUAAAGUAAUUAUUUAUUAUAAUUCCUUACCAUUCUUGUAACAUGAUUUGUUUGCAGCAGUUUCUUUCGGUUUAAGGAUUUUUAUUUAAAAUGCAGUCACAUUUUCAGGUGAGAAAUUAAUUUCAUACAUACAAUUUACUUCGGUUACUAAAACUAGUUGUUCUUGUUUCCUUAAAAAUAAAACAGCUGGAAAACCAAUUGGAUACUACAUAGGCCUACUACUUGUUCAGUUAUUUUGAUAGAUUAUAUUUUGCACAUAAUUACAUAUCUAUCUUUGACACAUACCUUUAAAUAAAGCCUGAGAACAGUUCUGUAUGAAUAAUAGCAUUAAAUGUGUUUGAAUUUCUAGUUUUGGUAAAAACAGCACUUAAUUGUGUAAACAUGUUGCCUUUAAUAUGCACAUAAAAUUGAAUUACGCGGGGCUUUCUUCAGUCCACGCCGCUAGAAUGCACUGCAGUCUGGUGUCUCACGCUUCGCCAAUGCUAAUUGGCCGGAGUUUCCCAUAUUAUCCUAUUACAAUAUUUGGUGUAACCGCACUCAACAGCUGAACAUGUUCACCUGAAGUAGUUCAGACUCCCGUGUAACCGCGCCCUUAUUUUCACUUUUCAUGGGGUCAAAGAAAAAAAAAAUUAAAAAGCGGGAAAGUGUAAAUAAAGGGAAUACCAUAAAAAGUAUCACAGCUUACCAUAUUUAGCAUGUUUGACUUUCAAGGAUAAAAAUAUUAAUAAAAAUAUCACAGCAUAAGGAAGUUGUACAAAAGAAAAAUAACAAAUUACCUACCGUUUUUAUCGCUUAAGCAUCGCUCAUUUUAUUCUAAAAUCAAGUUUGAAAAUUAGGGGCGAGACCGUUGGUGCUACUAUUUUGCAAAAAAAAAAAAAAAAUCUAUAAAAACAAAACCUAUUCAUGGAAAGUACGUUUAUUUAAAAAGUAGACUUUGCGAAAGCACGCCAAAUAAUUUAAAUUAAUGAGUGAUUCAAUAAAACCAUUUUAUUCAACGUAAAAAAAAUAAACCCUUAACAAAAACGUAAUUUGUAACUAAAUGCAUAACGAUCGUGCGGAUUAACUCUGUUGCUGACAGAGCGCGCGCGUGCAUGCAGUCUGCGAGCUAUCGAUAUCAAUCUUCGACUACGUGCGCGCGAUCUAUACGGUAAUACAGGAAUCAACACAACCAAACUGGCGCUGCUUACGUUUUUAUAAGCGGUAUAAAGCGACUCCCGAGACGUUAAAGAUGAAGUUUAUAACUUUUAAAAACGUCUUUAAAGCACGAUUUACAAUCAGAUUACUUUUAAUAGGAUUAAUUAAGUUAGUAAGCAGUUUUAUCAGAACGAACGGCGUAAACUGCGUAAAGCAAAAGGCGCGUUGUAAACAAAGGGAAUUUAUUACAUUACAUCAAAUGAGGUUAAAACGGGACAGAAAUAAAAAGGUUCAAAUAACGGGAAAACGUAAAUAACGGUAACUUAAAUAAGGGGUUUCGCUGUAUAAUUUUUGAAAGUGGAUGUGAUUGUCCAUUUACGUUUCUUUAAAACUUAUAUUAGUGUAUCCCGGCCAGAUUUUGCAAGUCGAAUUAUUGUAAAAUGAAUUCGAUUCGAAUUUACGAAUCGAAUAUCAAAAAGUUCGAACUCGAAUUCGGAAAUUUCGAAUAUUCGCAGAACCCUAUUGGCAACUUCAAUUUCAGAACCACUGCAUAUGGAAGUUAUUUGAGAGGUAAUGGGAAGUAAUCUCAGGAUCAAAAUAAACCUAGCGCUAUUAAUUACAGAGAUAUUCAAUUUUUAAUUACAUUGUAUACCGUAUUUACUCGUGCAUAGCGCACCCUCGUGUAUAGUGCGCACCACAAUUUUUGCAACAAAUUCCAAAGAAAAAAAAUUAAAAAUUUUUUUCCCAUAAAUAAAUUUUACUAACAUUUUGUGGUACCUGUUAAGUAAUUACUUAUGAAACAAAUGAUUAUUUAAAUUGAUGUGUGGUGAUGCGUCAGGAAAAUACUUAAACUCUGCUGUGUAGAUGGAAGAUAAUGAAGCGUCACAACUGGUACGAGAAAGGGAGGGAGGGAGGCAGGCAGGAAUGGGGACUAUGACCAUCAAGUAACCUUGACAGUUGACAGGACUAAACACCACCACUCCUGUCUCGAAGCUUCUACACAGAUAUUUCAACUGAUAACACAUUUUUAGGGACACACUAGGUUGCUAAGCUGGCUAGAUGACUCACUGGAGGAAGUGGGUGGGGGACUGGUGUCAACAUUCUCUCUCUCUCUCUCUUUUACUAGCUUCUGCGUUGGCUUUCUGUAGAGGGAGGAGGUCUAAAAAUAAACAAGAGACCAUGAUGUGCGAGCUUGCACGUGCACGUGUGUGUGUGCUGUGAGCGUGUGUGUGCGAGAGACCAGGUUGUGUGUGUGUGUGUGUGUGUGUGUGUGUGUGUGAAACAGAGGCCUUGUUGCUUGUGCGUAUGUGUGGGGGCUGGCCAGAAACGUCUCCCGUCACUGGGCAGUUAACGACUUCCACUCUUCCUCCCCCUCCUCACUUUUUUUUCCCUUGUAUAGCAUGCAUCCUUAUUUUUUUCCUUUACUUGAGGGGAAAAAAGGGCGCGCUAUACACGAGUGUAUACGGUAUUUCAUAUUUUAUUUGGCUUAGUAAGAUACUAAAGUAUUUAUUUAUCUGUACCUCGGAGGUAAAAAAAAAACUAUUUAAAUUAUUUAUAAAACAGAGCUGGUACAAAUAAAAAAAUUAAAAUAUCAUCUUGAAAAUAGUAUGUUUGUCAAAAAAUGAAUACCAAAACUAAUGCAAUGUGUUUUAAGUUCCAUAAAGUAGAAACAAACUGAAAACUAGUUCUUCUCAAUAAUUAUAUUUUGUGACAUGACAUCCUGCACCUUUGAGGUACAAAUAUGCAUGCACGCACGCAAAGUCCAUCCUGAUAGCUAUAAUAGGCAGAGGGAUAAGCAGGGGGAGAGGCAUGGGUGUAGCUGGGUUUUGUAAGGGAAAGGGAGGGGGUACAAAGAAGCUAUAAUCAUAUAUUCUGGAUAGGCCUGUUUCUGUGUGUGGGGGGUGGGGGGAGAGAAAUUUUUAAAAUUAUGAUUUUUGAAGGGGGGGAGGAGAGGGAAAUUUUUAAACUAUAUGAGGACUCAUAGGGCAGAAUUCAUAGUGGUGAUAUAAGCAAUACUUGAAAAAAGUACUGCUUAUAUGCAUGCUUAAGUAUGACAUUAAAUUCAUAGCGAACAAAAAGAGCACUGCUUAUUAGGACUACUUCAAGUAAUACUUCACGAAGCACUGCGUCAAAUAAGUACUGCUCAAUACGAAUCCACAGUCAUGAAAUAAGUUUGCCUUGUUUCGCAAGUAUUCAUAAUCAAAUAAGCCAUGCUUAUUCAUUGAUAUAAGUAAUACUUCAUGAAGUCGGCUAUCUAGGUGACUCAAGUACCGGUACGGAUUUGUUUGUUGUAAGGAAUAGGUUAUGUAAGAUAUUAAUUCCCGUUAAUUUUUCCAUAUAUUCAAUUAAAAUUGAGAGAGUAAACAGAUUCAAUUUGGGGAAAAGAAACAAAACAAAUCGUUGCCUCUUAGUUUUGUAAACAAUACAGGCUACGUACAUAACCUCUUCUGCAGCUAGCGUGAUAGAUUUUGGUGAGUGGGACGAUUUUGAAAAACUUGAGGAUGAAGUUUAUGAGGACACCAUAGCGCUACAUACGAGCUGCAUUAAACCCUUUCGAAUGGUAUAGUGAUUCUGAGUUCAAGCGACGUUUCAGAUUCAGCAAGAACACAGUCAUCCAAAUUAUCAUGCCGUUAAUGGAACCUGCACUGAGGAAAGAAACUGCUGCUUUGUAUUUUAAGACCAACUUCUUAAACAAAAUUCUUUCCGAAUCAGUAUAAUGUUUUCCUCUCAUUUCUUUUUUACUAGCCAUCACGAAUCACGAAAGUUGUUUCGCUACCAUGUGGUUAACUUCACCCGCUUAUAGAUCACAGACACAAGAUGGUCAACAUAAUUUAACAAAACAAACAUUCAAAACAUAUUUAUGUAGUUGUAAAUUCGUUUUUAAUACAUGUUCAUAUUUAUAUUAUUCAAGUUCACUAUCAAAUAAAGUAUAAAUAUCAUCUUACGUAUUGAUUUCAUUAUUUUAAUCGCAUAUAUGGUUUGAAACGUGGGCAUUUUUAUUUUCAAACAGGUAAACUAUGUAUUUACAGCGGUAUAUUUGCUUGCGUUACGUUGACACAAAAUUCGCCCUUUACUUUUUGAGAUACUUCAUCAAGUACAGCAUGGCCAAUAUAAGUAGUGCUUGUUCAAGUAUUACUUUGUCAAGUAUAGGUUAUGAAUUCAUUGCUGGAAUAAGUACUACUUGAAGAAUAAGCACUACUUUAUAAAAUAUUACUUAUUCGCCAAACAAGCCUUUGACUAUGAAUCCUGCCCAUAGUGUUUUUUUUUUUUUCAAAACAUGAAAAACUUUAGAUAAAAAUAGCCACUUUUAAAAGGUAGAGCCAUACACUAACACUCCUUAUCAUUAUAUAGUAUUUCUCUAAUUACUAUGCAUGUUCAGUGGCCAUUAAUUGAGCCAUACUUCAGUCAUUUUAAUGUGUAGUCACUGAAGAUGAUUGAAUCAAACUGUGAUGAGGAGCAUCAAUGUUAUGUAUGAAAGCAGAGGACAGCCUGUGCUUUGAUUUCAAAGGGGCAGCUUUUUUUUUUCAAAUGAGUGUGCUAUUUUGCUAAUUGAUGUGAUAUCCAUCCAAUAGCUAGAAGGAGUCUAGUGGUCUGUUGCAAUUUCUCGUGCCGGCCAUUACCGCCGGUAUGGCUAAGGCCAAAAAAAUUUUAGGCUGGUAUUUUUAGUACAAAGUAUGAGAGCUUACGUUAAUGUGAGUUCCACCCUUAACAUCCCACCAUGAGACAUUUUGCUCACUCGUUCGACUUUCCAGUUGCCUCCUCUGCUGCAUUUUUCCCGUCCGCUAGUGUUUGUGUUCCGCCUCAUGUACGUAACAUCAGAACAAAUUCCUUCAUGAAAGUUCUACGGCUAUUGUUAGUAAAUUAUUUAUUACAAUUAACUUCAGAUAUUGUGUAUAUGUAAGUUUUAAUGAGUUGGAUAAAAUGUGAAUUUUUUUUAAAUUAUUACAUUAUUUCCAGUGCAUUUGUUGUAACAAACUGAGAUUAAAAAAGUUGUGGUACGUGUGUUACUGUGUAUGCUUGAUUCUACCAUAAUAAACUUUACCGCAUCUUUUUUUUUCUACGUGAACGGGACAACGAUAACAAGAACAUUGUAGUGAAAAAUGAAUUAUUAGAUAUCCAAUCUUUUACUUCAGCCAGUUUCCCUGAGAUGUUCCUGUUUCACACUACUUGUCUCCUUGGUUUAUCCGGCAGGAUAACAGACUUACUACAAACAUAUUAUUAUCAAAAAAUUGGUUGUCUGUAAAGUCGGUUUACGGACGAUAGUUAAACGUGAUGUCAUAACAAUCAUUGAUGAAAUGAUUGCAUACUUUCAUGAAUAAAAUUGAAUAAUUUUUAUUUUAAUAAUUAAAGAAUAAAUACUUGAAAUUAUACUAGUAAUCAGAUUUUUAAAAUGCAAGAAUAAUUAACCUUUAUUGCCGAAAAUGUUGUUGUACUAAGCAAUGAAAACCACAAUAACUUUUCACUUCACUUUAUAAACAGUCAACGAAACAGUUCAUGUGUCGCGGAUAGAUAGCGCGAUUCAUUCGGUUCGCGUCCGUCACCGUAGAUGGCAGCACCGUAGGGGAAUAAUAUUAUUUCGUUUUUAUAAUUCGAUUUUAUAACAAAUACGCAUCCCAAAUACACCAAACUUAUUUAUAAUGUGUUACAAUAUACAUUGUGCAAAAGAUCCCAGGUGUAAUUUGAAUUAUUAUGUGUAACUGUAAAACACCAUUGUUCGUACAAAAACGUAUUUGAAAAUUCAACAUUACCUUUAAAUAACAGUACCGAUUGUGCUGAAAAUCGGUGAACGAUCAUCAAAUUACAUCAUAUUAAUAAUUCAAACGACGAAAACAUUAUUGAAAAGUCAAAUCGAUGGUUGUUCCAAUCGAGUGGAAGAGAGAUAGAUGCGGCGCAAGCGUACAAUGAGUGUAACGGGACACAUCAUAGUGGGACAAUGUGUGUUACGGGACAAUUUCUCGUGUGUGCAGCCGGCGUUCAUUGAUUUAUUAGACGUUGCGUCAAAAAACAAUUCAACAAACAUACAUAACAAGUAGAAUUGACAAUUAAAUGUUAUUCUACACAAUGGUCUCCACUGGCAUCUUCAUUAACAUAACAUUGCCAACUCCGUCAGUCGAAAAGGAAACAAAUAUACCUAUUUGUUUGAUCGGACUUUGAAAAGAUAGGUACAUUACUGAUUGUGAACGAGUUUUAAACUAUUGAUAUUAUACUACAUUUAAAAUAAACUAUGGUUUGUAUCCCAUACGUUUAAUAAAUGUAAGUACAAGUCGGUUACUGAUUAUUAACAACACAUAAAUUUGCUAUUAAAAUACCAACCAGUUUCAGGACUUUAAGAUACUAUAUACAGGUAUGAAAAUUUACUGAUGUAUACUUAUAACUUAGAUAUUGUAAAUUUCCCUGUGUUUUCCAGGUUCUGAAGGCAAGUUCCCCGUUUUCCAGAUUUUUCUUGUCCUUACACUGAUGAGAGGGCAAAACAUUAAAAUUAAACAAAUAAAUCUUUGAAGCACAAAUCGCCAGGGGCAGUCACAGUCUCAAACUCUCAACUUCCAUUGAUUUAUGUGAGUAUGUGUGUGUGUGUGUGUGCAUGUAUGUGUAUGUAUAUGUGUGUGUAUAUAUAUGUACACACACACACACACACAAAUAUAUAUACACACACACACACACACACACACACAUACACAAAGAAAAACACUUGAUGGGAAAAGAGAGAAAAUGAAAGAAGACUUGGUUUCAACAGUUUUUGGGCCGUAACAAUUAUUUAAUCCUGUACGUUUGGCGUCAUUAAAGCAUACUUCGUAAUUCAGUGUAAUGCCUGAAGUGAACAGUGACUGGCUGCUAAAAGUUUCCCUUGCAGUUUCCGUCAACACCUCUGUGGUUAACCAGGUCUGUGUAUUUAAUUCUGCAGAAACCAUAGCCUGUCACUCGUCGGUCUGUCGUCCGUCAGCAGUCGAGCGAUUUACAACACUCCUUUCAUCCGUCAUAAUAAACACUUCAUUUAAACGCUGUCAACUGUUCAGAAAACUUGGGAUUAUUUUGACAAUAAAGUUAUGCACUUAUAACUCAUUCUAAUCUUGUAUUUAUUUAAACAUAUUCAGAGUUACCAUGUGUAAUUAAUUACUGCUGGUGCUGUGAAGCUUGUUGUUUCAAAAAAACCAAACUUUAAAAUAUUUAUAAACCUAAGAAAUUAUAGAAGCAGCUUAACAAAAAACUAAAUCCAAAACCAAAGAUUUGACAUACAAAAACCUUGCAGAUAUUUGAUUAUAACUUCAUCAUUCUGUCUGCCUGCCAAAAGUAUGAGGUCAAAAAGCUUUUGACAGACAGAAUUAUUUGGUCAAUCUUAUUUUCGUUUGGAAUAGAGGGUCUUGCUUUAGCAUUUGACAAAAGCAGAAGCGUUUUAUCUUGAAUGAGCUUCACUACUACAAUAUAUGAGUAGUCCAGUUCCAAAACUCGCCUUGUCCUCUUUCACCGGAACAGAGCAAAUCGAGAAAAACUGAUAUGCAAAGAGGUUGUGACAUAGCCAACACACAGUAGGUAUGAAUCAUUUCAAAAAUUAAAUUAAAAUAUGUUUCUUGAGGUCUUUGAAAUGUAACAGUAUACACAAAUAUUAAAACUGUUAAAAUAAAUUGGACAAGAUGAGUUUUGGAACAAUACUUUGGACAAGGUGAAUUUUGGAACAGUAUAUAAUACAAAAUGAAUUUUUUCGUAAGGAAAACCAGUAACCAACUCUUUGAUUACAUCUCGUAUUUUAAUAAUGAUACAAAAUACAUUUUUUUAACAAAAAAUAAUAUUUUUUCUAGUGCAUAUUAAGAUCCUACACUGACUGAAGUUUCUCCUUAUUUUCUCAAUAUUGUCAACUAAAAAAUAUGUUGAACUAUUUCAAAACUUCAUACUCUCAAAUCUUCAUUCACCAUAGGUUCAUCAUCAUCCUCUUCAUGCACAGUUGUGUAUUGUCUGGCAAUAACAUCUCUAUAAAAUGCCAAACUUGCAUUCUCCUUCCAUUCAGACCCAUAGUGCUUCUACAGUAGCUUAUUCACAUCAUUGGCUUUGGCAGCAUUUGGGUGGAGUCCUAGUGGAACUAUUACUGGGUUAAUUUGUUGGAAACACUUGCCACGUCUGCAAAUACCUUUACUUUCCAUAAGGUCAGUUCGGUAAUUGGGUUCCCCUCGAACAAGUACUUUACUUUCUUUUGAUUUCUUCAAAAUGAACCGCUUCGUGUUACAAAAUUUGAAGUGCCAUGAACUGGUAGGUCGCACAACUUCUGCAAUAGCUGAUUUACAAUCGUAGAAAGCAAAACCAGCAUUGCCAGGCUUGAUUACAGUUCCGAACUCUCCAAAUAUAUCAAAAUAUUAUUGGAGUGACACUAUCACUUCCUUUGCUUUUACCCGCUUUUCAAUACGACCAAAAACACGGUCUGCUGGCAGGAAUGAGUGUCCAGGUACGGGGAAAAUGAUGUGUACUUCCUUGAUGUGUUGUGGUGCUUCACACUUUAACCAUUUUGAUACCAUACCUACCAUCAUACUAUUUUUAUUUUGGCCUCCGCAGCCGUCAGCAAAAAGGCUUAUAGUUGUUAUUGUGUAAUCGAUUCCAGUAUUCUGCAAGCAGUGGUGAACACAUGAUGAAAUUUCAUUAGAGCCUUUGUGUGCAUCAAGUUCUGUCCAUGUGUAAAUAAACGCGUUUGUUCUGUUUUAGACGAUCCUUGACAUACAGUAAAAUUAUACACAUAGAAUUGUCUGCUAAAAUAGGCACUUUGAUCUGGUACCUUUGGUAGUACCAUAUUUUUUUGGCAAUCAAAAGAAAAUGUGAUGGUAUUAUCAUGAUUUUCUUUCAGCAUAUCAUAGAAAGCUUUCGAACGGAGUUUGUGAACCCUAAAUUCGACUCUCAACCCUUGUUGCUCAUUGUUUUCAGUUUUUAUUUUACCUUCAAGUUCAAUGCAUCGAGAGAACUUAUCUGUAGCUGGACUACGAAAGCUGAUAUUGUAAUCAUUGUCAAAAAUUGUUUACAACAAUUAAUAAAUACUUAUAUACAGUUAUACCAAAAUAUGAAUAUGUUUAUGUGAUUAUAAAAAACAGUUUUAACCUUCUAAAACAAUGUUACAUUAGACUUUAUAUUAUGUGGACAUAACCACUUUUGAUUAAUGCAGUUAGUUUGUCCAUGGCUGCUUAUAGGACAACGCGACUUUUGAAACAGUUUUUAUAUAUAUGGACAAGGAGAGUUUUGUAACACAAAACCUUGUGGACAAGAAGAGUUUUGGAACAGUACCUGGUUUUCAAAUUGUGUCUGUUAUUAGACAUGGGGAGUUGGGGAACGUGUUAUAAUGCUAUCUAUUGCGCACUUAUAAAAGCUGCACAAAACAAUAAAUAACUCAAUUUUCCUUGGUGAUGGACAAGGCGAGUUUUGGAACUGGACUACUCAUAUUUAAUAUAAUUACUACGAAACUGUCUAUGAACAUGAAGUCACAGAAAUUUAAAUAAAUAAUUUUGUGUUGUAGGAAGAUAUAAUUAUUUUGUGUAUUUGCAAGAAUAUAUGUGGGGAAAUGAACUUCGAGUCACAAUUAGUGAACUAUUAUAACGGACAUUGAUUAGAACCGUGGUGUUUGUUCAACAUUACAUGCAUUGGAACUGGAAACCAGUUACAUGAACUAUAUAUUUACAAACAUAUGGCUUUACUGGUUUCGUGUGAUAUUUGAAUUAUCAAGAUCAAUACGGACCACGUCGAAACCCAGCUGUUAAUAUUUUGUUAUAAGAUUUAAGAACUGACUUUGACUAGUGAACAAUUGGAGGACGAUGUUACUUCGGCGAAUCGACAACCUCAGGACAGAGUUCCGGAGCCAAAGUGGUCUACCUGUGGUCUGCUGUAGAAGGAAAUCGGUACUCCGAGAGUCAUCGUGCCCUGUUUCGAAACUUUGGCGGAUUCCAGUACUAUCACUGUGGUGGUGUGGAGAAGGAUCCAUAUCAGUCAUCAACACUAGACAAAAGCUAUAAUUUCCUAAUGAGGAAAUACAAUGAACCCCGAUUGUAAAUGUGGUAUGUAAAUUAGGUACAUUUCGUUAUAUUGCUAUUUGUGAAGGGUUAUAAUGUGUUGAGUGUAAUUUUUAGAAGUGAUAUUUAGUUAACUUUCAAAUGAAGUGUCAUUUUAACUUCUGUUUUAAUUCUUCAUUGUAGAAUCUCAUGUGUUUUAUAGCCUAUUUAAGUACUUUGAUUCAACCUCGAAUUUUUUCCCAUAUACGUACUCGGUGGAUACCAGAGAUCACUUUUCUUGUAAUGUUAUUAUUGAAUAACGUCUUUAUCGACUUUGCUAAGCCGAGUACUUAUUCAAAUGUUGAUAUUCAAAUGUUUAAAGUAGAGGAUUUUGUAGACUUUAACUGAUAUUUAACGUAACGAUUUCAGCACCCUUGUACUGGUAACUGUCUCAUCAUUUGCACUACUACAUUAGUAUAGCAUUAAAAUGUUAGCUCUAUUUAACUAGUACAUAAUCCCAUAUUUUUAAAUAAGUAAUUUAUAACUAAAUUUUCUUUUGC